AUGUCGAGGGUAGUUGUACUGAUUUCGGGAUCAGGGUCAAACCUGCAGGCUUUAAUUGACGCUCAAAAAGACGGGAAGUUGGCGUCUGGGAAAAUUGUGUCCGUUAUAUCUUCUAGUAAGAACGCUUACGGUCUCAUGAGAGCAGCCAAUGCGAAUAUCCCAACGAGGGUGCAUUCGCUGUACAGUUACAACAAGGAUAUCGCGAAGGAGGACACCGUAGAGCGUCAAAGGGCCAGGUCGCGGUUCGAUGAGGAUCUCGCAAAGCUGAUACUGGCAGACAAACCGGACCUGAUCGUGUGUGCAGGCUGGCUACUGAUAUUAAGCGAAAACUUUCUGAACAACAUAGGGCAGGUCCCAAUUAUUAACCUGCAUCCGGCAUUGCCAGGCCAGUUCGACGGUACGACACAUGCCAUUGAACUAGCAUGGCAGAAGUGCCAGGAUUCCAAAACUCCGCUCACCGCAGGGUGCAUGGUUCACUACCUUAUCAAAGAAGUCGACAAGGGCGAACCGCUACUUGUCAAAGAACUGGGAAUUACACCUGGCGGUGAAACGCUGCAAGAAUACGAGGAAAGGGUGCACAAGACAGAACAUAUUGCAAUUGUUGAAGCCACAGUCAUCGCUUUGAAGAACGUCGCGAAACAUUGA